AUGGCCAUUCAAGGACAAGCGUUAUGCAUUUUGAUGACCGUCACCUGCGGUCUGUCGUAUCUGCUCUAUGGAUACGAUCAGGGUUUCAUGUCGGGCAUUUUGCUUGUUGACGACUACCUCAUCACUAUGGGCAACCCGUCCUCUUUCAUGCAGGGCCUGCUCUCAAGUCUGUACACCCUCGGAUGCUUCAUUGGGAGUAUAUUCAGCAUGCUCUUCAGCGAACGUCUCGGUCGCAAGAACCCCAUCUUGAUCGGCACCUCGUUUAUUCUGAUCGGUGCCACGAUUCAAACUACUUCCUAUACCCGCGCCCAAUUUCUGGUCGGCAGAAUUGUCGCCGGGUUUGGAACGGGUUUGAAUACCUCUUUGAUCCCAGUGUGGCAGGCCGAGACAUUACCUGCCCGGAAACGUGAGAAGUUUGGCGCAUUGCAAUACGUUCUAGUCUGCACAGGAGCGUCCAUCAGUUACUGGAUGAGCUACGCGCUGUCUUUCUCACGUAACGAGUCCUUUGAAUGGAGAUUUGCUGUUGCUGCACAGUGUGUCUUUGGUAUCUUGCUCCUCGCCGUUGUACCUUGGAUGCCUGAAUCUCCUCGAUGGCUGUUCAUUCAUAAUCGAGCGGAUCAGACCCUUGCUGUUAUCAUGAGAAUGCAUGGAACAACUAACACCGAAGACGAGGAAGUUCAAACGGAAAUCAGGUUGAUCAACCAAGCCAUUCAGUUGGAAGAGCGCAAUGGGGCCAGCAAGUGGAUCCAUUUAUUCAAGAACGAGAAGGAGACACAGAACCUUCGUCGGAUUCUACUCGGAUGGUGGCUCAUGUUCAUGGUAAUGUGGUCUGGUGUGUGCAGCAUCGGUUACUACAUCUCUUAUCUACUUGAACACUCUGUCGGCCUCGACCAUAACCUUUCACUUCUCCUAUCCGGAUUCAACGGACUCUGGUAUCUAUUAUCGGCAUUAAUUCCAUUCCUGGUCAUCCAUCGCAUUGGAAAGCGCUGGUGUCUUAUGAUCGGCGCAUUUGGGAUGGGGUGUUGCUUUCUCACCAUGUCUCUGACGAUUCGUUCCGGCACGAAGGCAGCCUCUGUGGUCUGCGUCAUUGCCUUCUUCUUAUACUACACGUUCUUCGCACUGGGUUUCCUGGCUGUACCGUGGCUGUAUAACGCCGAGAUUCUUCCCCUGCAUCUACGGUCCAGCGGCAACGCCAUCACAACAUCCUCGAACUGGAUUUGGAAUUUCGCGACGGUUAUGAUGACCCCAUCGGUGAUGUCCCAGCAGGGCUGGAAGGGGUAUCUGAUCUUUACGGUUUUCAAUUUCUGCUUCAUUCCAUUUAUAUACCUCUUUUAUCCCGAGACUACUGGCCGCCGGCUAGAAGAGAUUGAUGCCAUCUUCUACAAGACGGGCCCAAUUGUGGCAGGCACUGAGUGGGCAAGAAAAGGCAAGUUUGAAACCGAUCACCUGGAUCGGAUGGUGGAUGGCCUCGAAAACGGCAAGGGGGCGGCAACAAGCUACGUGGAGGAUGCGUACUAA